AAUCGCAUCGAAAUGAAUCCCAAGAGUAAAUAGUUAGCAUGUCGGUAUUUCAUGUCCAUGAAUGGCUUGCACUUGAAGUGAUUGAUGGUAAUGUUUGCGCAGUUGGUGAAUUGAUCGAGAAACGAGACCAAAUAGUGGUGGGUAGUAUAACGGGUCGAAUAUGGAUCGUCGAUCCGGGUCGAACAAGCGAAACGAAGCAGCAGUUAUUGAGCUGCUUGCUAGAGGAAGAUUUAUCUGUUGCUAUAUUGGACAUUGCUAUUGGGAACUUCAUUUCCGGUUUGGAACAAAAUUUGAUCGCCGUAUUAUCGCCACAAAAACUGAUAAUUUAUCGUCUUAUUUCAGAUGGAGAAGUUUAUCAACUGAAUACCAUUUAUGAGCAUACUAUCACCGCAGCGGCAUACAAUAUGUGCAUCGGUACAUUUGGUCGAGCAACUGCGGCACAAAUAUGUGUCCAAGACAUGACAUGUUCGUUGAUGGUUUUCGAAGCGGAACAUCAACUUUUUCAUCGUCCAGUUAAUUUAGUGGCCGCUCUACAUCCAGGUCCAAUCAUCUAUACAUCUCAUUCCGAUUCCAUCAUUACAGCAUCAUCUUCCGCCAUCUUAAUUUCAUACAGAUAUUCAGUUCUUGCUACAGCAUCAAGUGGAAAAAGUGGGAAAAAAAUUGCUGCCAAUUGGACGUUCAACCUUGGCGAUUAUCCGUUAGAUUUAGAAGUGAUUAAUACAACACUUGUGCAACCCUCCAUUUUAAUCCUCUGCAAGCGAACAUUGUUUUGCUUAACUCAUGGUGGCAACAUAAGAUUUACAUAUCGUUUACAAUGUGUUGCCACUUCACUUCUUGUUUACGAUUCCACACAUGACGCAUAUGUGAAAUUAUGUAUUGCAACAGCUACACGUAUGUUACUUUUCUUCAAAGAUACGAUUUUAGUCUGGGCAGCACAACUUCUACAUGAUACUAUCCAAGUUCGUUUAUGUUCAUUUAGCUCAGUAUAUCGUUCAAUGCUGGUGAUUUUGUCAAAUUCGCGAAUAUCUGUUAGUUAUUUGGGUACUGAACCGUCGUUAUUCCGUCUUCCCGCACCACAAACACGUUUCAUUGAUUUCCAACUACGCUAUAAAGAAUUUCUUGAGCUCGAAGGUUUGAUACGCAAAAAACCGCUCGAAUCGGUUGAAGGUGUUCCAUCGGAAAAUUCGUUAUCAUUGAAUUACUCAUACGAUGGCUUUGAUUUCAAAUCGAGGGCGGAAAAAUCAUCAGUGGAAAUUCCAUCCUUAACGCUAAAUAUUGAAUUAUUGAGUGAAAUACGUUUACUUGACCUCAAACUGAUAUGCUCAGCAGCAUUUCAUAUUGAACACAAAUACGCAUCAUUUCCUGCUAUUGAUAGCUCACAAAAAAUGUCAACUGGCGUGUAUGUGUUAUCUCAACCUGUUUAUGAUUUACGAUGUAAACUUUAUGCAUUCUCCUCGCAGUUUGGUGAUGUGACCGGUAAGGAACUAAAAAUGCCCUUAAAUUUAAUGUGUCAUACGGUGAACACUCAACGGAAUGCACAAUACAAAGUAACCAUUGAAUCAUCGCUAGCUGCUCUUGAUUUAACGCAGCUAUUUCCUGAAUUUGAAGCCGAAACUAGUACAGCAAUUGGCUUUCAACCUUAUUUAUCAGAGACGGUUAUUUCAAUCUAUGCAUCCCAGAAGUACAAGCGAUAUCGAAUUCAAGCUGAAAGCCUGGAUUUCAUUUAUUUAUUUGCCGAUGAAUUAAUCACAAGAAUACAGGCGAAACAACCGGAAGCAAAAAUAAACUGCACACUUCCAUUAGAUCAAAUUCUUCACGAAAUAAAUGUAUAUGUAGAGUAUGAAAAGAGAAAAACAGAGGAAGAAAAAGAACUGGAACGGUUCUGCAUUCUUUUACGUCAUGUUCAAGCAACUAUAUUAACAAAACUAAAAGGAGAACGACCAACAGAAGUGGAUCAUAUGAAUACUCUGUUGAAUUAUGCAUAUCAACAGAUAUUAUGUUAUGUGGAUCGCCUGGAGCAGCUAAAUGAAACGUUACGUUCUGCUAAUUUAUCGCUAUCAGCGGCGCUUAACCUGAUGCAUUUGAUUACUUCACUCAAAGGGAAUCCGUUGCCUCUGGAUGGUACUAUUGUCAAUAAUUCUGGACAAUCAGUUUGGGAGCGUAUCAAAUGGGCAAUAUCAACGUUCAAACCGAUUGAUUUAAACACUGAAUUAUCAUCAAACGAUCUGCGAUAUUUAAUGCAAAGUGUUUGUGAAGGUAACUGUGGUACGAUGGCUUACAUACAUGAGGAUAGCAGAGAGGAAGAAGACGAUGAACCACAACAAUCCGAGCCAAUUGUUGAUCCAUUAAUUUCCGGUUUAUUGUCUUUUGAUGAGUUUAAUCAUUAGCGAUUGUUCAUUCGAUGACAAGCAAUUAUAUGCAAUUGAUAAACAUUUCGGCAUUCCCUGUUGACGGCAUUCAAUUUGCAUAUUUUUGCGAAUUAAAAAAGC